AUGACCACACAGUUCAAGGACCGCAAUCUGCUUGCGGUGAUAGGCGAUGAGGACACCGUGACUGGGAUGCUCCUCGCCGGCAUCGGCCAAGUGGGCGAGCAUCGGAAGAAGAAUUUCUUCAUUGUCGACUCUAAGACGCAAGUGCCCACGAUUGAAGCCGUAUUCGAGGAGUACACCGAGAGGAACCGCGUCGUCGCUGCGCACAGACUGACGACGCUUCAGGCUUUGAUCGACCCUGCGCUCCUUGUAAGUAGACGCCAAUUGUACCUCGUACAUCCCCUUUGCGCCGCCUUGCUUCCAUCCGGUGCACCGCGAGUAUCCAAGCUUCGCUUGUCUACACGCAGUCACAUGUCUUUAGCUCUGCAUAGUAACGUAGACACCGUCAAUCCCAAUCGCGUCUAG